AGGUUUCUGAAUGGAUGAGUAGCAAAGCACUAUGCCCAAUAUCAGCAGGUGACCAAGCCAUUCAGCUAGAACUUAUUGGUAGAGUCCGUGGACUGGACUAUGCAGAGAGCUAUUUCCAUAAUCUGAGUGAUCAAGAGAAAACUGAGAAGCUUCAUGGUGCCCUGUUAAGUUGUUAUGUCAGGGAAGGCUUAGUUGAUAAGUCGCUCUCCCAUAUGCAGAAGAUGAAGGAGAUGGGUUUUGCUUCUUCUCUCAAUUACAAUAAUAUAAUGUGCCUCUACAUGCAAACAGAUCAACACGACAAAGUCCCUAGUGUUCUGACACAAAUGAAAGAGGACGGCGUGUCUCCAGACAUUUUCAGCUACAAGGUCUGCAUAAACUCUUAUGGUGCAAGAUCUGACCUCGCUAAUGUGGAGAGACUAUUGGAGGAAAUGGAAAAUAACAGCUGUAUCGGCACAGAUUGGGUGACGUAUUCUAUGGUUGCUAACAUCUACAUAAAGGCGGGUCUCGAAGAGAAAGCUCUGGCCUACCUAAAGAAAUGUGAGGAUAAGGCAGAUAAAUGCGAUGCUCUUGCCUACAACCAUCUGAUUUCACAUUAUGCAACUCUGCGGAACAAGAAAGCUAUGAUGAGACUUUGGGAACUCCAGAAAUCCAACUGCAAGAAGCAGCUCAACAGGGAAUAUAUAACCAUGCUGGGUUCUCUGGUGAAACUCAAGGAGCUUGGUCAAGCUGAAGAGUUGCUUCGCGAGUGGGAAUCGUCGGGCAACUGCUAUGAUUUCAGAGUGCCAAACAUUCUCCUGAUUGCGUAUUCUCAGAAUGGAUUGAUUGAAAAGGCGGAAACAAUUCUCCGAAGCAUGGUUGAGAAAGGGAAAACUCCUACUCCUAACAGCUGGGCGAUCAUUGCGUCUGGUUAUGUAGCGAACAAGAACAUGGAGAAGGCGUUUCAGUGCAUGAAGGAAGCUGUGGCUGUACGAGCUGAGAACAAAGGUUGGAGACCAAAACCUAAUAUCAUUUCCAGCAUAUUGAGUUGGGCUUCUAGCAACGGAGAUGCUGAAGAAAUAGAAGGUUUUGUCAAUUCCUUAAAGAAUGUGAUUCCAAUGAACAGGGACAUGUAUCUAUCAUUGAUUAUGGUAUCCGUUAGAUGUGGUAAGAAAGUUGAUGGAAUUUUAGAGAAUAUGAAAACUGAUAAGAUAGAGCUGGAUGAAGAAAUAUUGAACAUCCUUGGCUCAAGAUUGUAACAAAAUUCUUAUCUUUCAAAAGCAACUAAAUAUAAAAUUAUUUGCAAAUUAAA